AGAUUUUUUUUUCUGUGUUUUGCGUUUUGUUAUUAAAAUGUGUUUUGUUUUUGUGUUCAAAUGAGCUCUUGCAUUAUUACCAGUUAUUCAAUUAGCUGGCUUCUAGGUUCUGCAUUAGCAUUAGCGUAAAACCGAGAGUUUUAUACCAGCUACUGUUGCUAAAAAAAUUAUGUCUACCUUUACUGACCACAGAUACGAAUAUCAGGAAAGUAAUGGGCUUUCGUUAACCAAAGCAGUGGAGGAUGUCAGUCAACAUGGCUACGCCCAGAUGAAGGCCCUGAAAGAGAAACAGAGAACAUUCAGCAUCCUGCAGGAAGCUCUUGUAGAUGUUGAGAAGGAAGGUGAGACUUCCAAGCAGGAGCUAAGAUCUAAAGAGAGGGAAGUUCUGAUGCUUGAAUGUGAGGUGGAGCAUCUGGAGAGACAAACUAAAGUCCUCCAUGAUCACUGUUUAUCUAUUAGCAAGGAAAUCACAGAACUGCAGGUUCUUAUUUGUGAGGAGGAGGAGAACACUCGCCUGGUGGUGGGAAGGUUUGUCACUUAUCGAAGGAAGAUGGAGGAUCACAGAGCAGCUGUGUUGCAUGCUAUGAGCCAGACGGAGGCUCAUAAAGAGCUGGAGAGGAAGAAGGUGAUGGUCCAGAUGCUGACUCAGAAGAGAGAUCAGCUGAGGGAGGAGAAUCCAAAUGGAAACACGACAAGGAUGGCGAAGAGAGAAAUUGAUGCUUUAAAGAAAGACAUCUCUGAAAGGAAGACAACCAUAGCUGAGAGGAGAGAGCAGCUGAGGAAUGAGUGUGAGACUCACACCCAGUUAAAGAAAGACAUAGAGAUUCAGAACAGGCGCCAUGAAGCCAUCAUCAAGCGCCUCCGUUGCCAAGUCAGCAGAGCUCAGGCCGUCCACAGGGAGACGUCGGAUGAUGUCUAUCACCUGCAGAGGCAGCUAGCUGAGCUCAAGAGGCGGCGAGAGUCAUCACAAGACUCAACGGUCAGUGAUCAUUAAACUGUGGUGUCAGGCUUGUUGACUCUAGAUCACCUGUUCUGUUACGAGGAUAAAAGUAGGCCUUCACAAUUUUGAUAGUUCAGGAAAGGUUUGUUGUUGUUACUACAGUUAAAAAACAGGGGGCAGCAUUGUCUGUUUAAUAUAUGCUUUUGGCUGUUCAUUACUUCAGCUGUAAUAUAUACUGGGUUCACACCAAAUAUGAAUGUAUUAA